GUCCACCAGUCCCAUGGUAGGCGCUGCGCAGCUAGGCGGACUGAUCUGUGUACUGACGGAACGGAACAUCUGAGCGACUCAGUUCAUUCAGACUCAGUCGCCCGCCCGCCUUCGAUAGCGAUGCUCGCGUGUGGGGCGCCUGUCUGCCCAAACUUUCAGUGAACACGUGUGCCUAGUGUUUUUGUGUACCUAUAUGCUUACGGAUCUAUGCUUAGGUGGGUUAAGCGAUGUGCAAUAUUUCCGCUAAGCUCCGCUCUGCAUUCGGACGUUAGAGUUCCAUGUCCAUUUUAAGGAUUAAUGGAUUGUGACAAAUAUAGCGAUAUAGAUCCGGUGUACUUGUUAACUGGAGCUGCGAGGUAGGGCAUUAGGCGCGAUGCUAGUGGCUGUGCUAAGUGAACCGGGAAGUGGUCAAGUGUGAUCCAGUGAGAUGGCGGGGAAGACGAGUUUGCUGUGUAUACUUUGCGCCGUGCUGAUUCCUCUUCGGAGAGCGGAUAAUCUUGAACUCCUGCUCGGCACUCUUCGGACGCACCAGAAGGCUGCGUGCGACGAGGAGAUGGUGACGCUCAUAUGUCCCAGAGGCACCACCAUAAGCAUCCAAGUGGCUCAGUAUGGUGCGUCGGCGUCGCAGAAUUCCUGCGCCUCAGAGCUGGCGGAGUACCAACCAGUGGCGGUCGAAGUAGUUGGGGAUACUUCAUGCGCGUGGCCUAGCACAUUGCAGUAUUCCUUGCUGCAGACGGUGGUGGAAGCGUGUCAAAAGAAGCGGCAGUGCAAGUUUCACACCAGCCCGAAGGCUUUUGGGGUCGACCCCUGCCCCGGGUCCAGAAGAUUCGUCGAAGUAGCCUACAAAUGCCGUCCAUACGAAUUCCGCAGCAAAGUCGGUUGCGAGAACGAUGUACUCCACCUGAGCUGUAACCCGCACUCCAGAGUGGCAAUAUACUCGGCGCAGUACGGGAGGACAGAAUACGACUCGAUACAAUGUCCACAGCCCCGGGGGAUGAAGGAGGAAACUUGCUUAGAACCUUACGCUACGGAGACUGCGAUGAGAGAGUGCCACGGGAAGAGGCGGUGUGUCCUGUCCGCGGACGGAAAUAUGUUCGGCAAGCCGUGCCGGACCGGCAGUAGGACGUACCUGAAAGUUGUGUAUACAUGCGUGCCGCGUACAGUCCUGAAGGAGAGAUACGAAAGUGCCCCUGAAGAGGAUGAAGUUGCCCAUGACGUGUCUGACAUCGAACACGACGAUGUGGAUGAUUCGGGCGACAGAUGGUGGGUGGAUUCGGCAGUGCCUCCGGCGCCGGCGGUGGCUGCCGUGCCGCCUCAACGACCCUCGAUAUCAACAAGUAUCAACGCAACGAGUAUUGUAAGAGACCCUCCGUCCGCAUCGCCUCCGAGGCAUCAUUUAGGGAAAGAUGGUCAGUUUGACAUGAUGUAUGUUUACAUCAUAGCGGCAGUCGCGGUGUCUCUACUCUUAUGUAUAAUAGUUGGUAUAGUUCGUUGCGUCGUCAACAAACGUAGCACAGAACAGCCCAAGGGCCCGGACGUGUCAGCCACCACUGAAAUCCCCAACGGUUUCAACGACAGCAUAUCAGAAGUAGACAACGAUAUCAAUAUCACAAGCCUAUCUGGACCCGUCGAUACUGUCGACUCGGGCCUCAAGCCAGAAAUGCCAUUCACAAACGUAGCACUCAGCCCGAAAAUUAAUCGUUACGUAGGACGACCUGUACCUAACACCUACCCACACGUCAGCACAAAUAUGUACGGACAAGUCGCCGAAUUCCCUAUAGAAAUGCCACUUAGAACAAUGCCACACGGCACGUUAGGCAGAGGAGUAGCAGUCAAGACAUUACCAAGAGUGCAGGUGCAAAACGAAACGGACCCUAACACGAGGAGUUUAUACAGAUAUUCGAACGCUCAGUACUACUUCGGGUGACAGCAAGACAAAGCCCAGUGUUCAGAUGUGUCAAGGACUUACUGUUUCUAGUUUGUGUAGCGAAGUGUAAAUAGUUCAGACUAGACGAGUUUGUAAUGUACUACUACUUUUAAAAUAUGGAAACUGUGAUAUUAAUUGGAAACUUUUCAUAAAUUUUAAAUAGCGCCAAUCACAAACUGCGGACACGGUACGUUGGUGUGAGUAGGUAGUUGUGUUUUAGGGGAAUGUAUUUGAUCUAGCGGCAGUUACAGAAUGAAUAUAUUAUUAUGCGUGCCGUUUGGACCAAAUGUUUCCGUUGUGGGCCGAUUCAUGCCAGCAAAACGAUGAGUACAGUGAACAGCUCGGGCGUGCCACGGAAAUGAGUGUGACGCUUUUUUGUGAGUUCAACUGCGACAAAAUAAUAUUGUCGAAAAACAGAACGACAUUGCUAGCAAAAAUUGCGUUUCACAACGACCUCUUUUUGCCUUUGAAAAGCUCAAACUUCAUUUUAUUCUAAAAGAAUAUACUCUAUAGGUUACUAUUGUUAAUUCAUGAAUUGAAUAUAGAAUCUGUAGAAUGAAAUUGUGUAAUUCACUUAGUUUCUAUUUUAUUUUAAAUGAAGGUCGGAGACUUAAUAUAACCGAACUUAAAAUUACUAAAGUAACUUUGUUGAAUUUAUGUAUUUGUAGUUAUUGAAUAUCUAGUUUCAGUCAUAUCGAGAGAAGAAGGUCGAAUGAAAGUUCUCAACUUUUAACGAACCAAUAACAGAACGUAGUUUCAAAAACAGAAUAAUUAAACAAAUUAGUUAUGUUUGUUAAAAUGGUUAAAAUAAAGUAACAUACAAGUUCUUCGAUAACCAAUAUAAUAUAAAAUUUACGCUUCGAAACAGUUUUGAGAGUAGUGGCUAUCAAACAUUAUGGAAAAAUAUUUUGUAUCAAAACACACGAACUCUUCAAAAUAUAUUUGACUGAUAUCAAAAAUUAAAGGGAAACAAAGUAAUCUGUGGUGUAUAUACCUCAAACCCGUCUUCGAGAGGUUGAUAAAACGCAUUGAUUUUUCGAGGUUAGUUUCCAAAUUUUCUACAGACAUAUUUUCGAGAAUCUUGACUUUUACUUCACCAUUGAACAUUCAAAAUAUCGAUCGAAAUAAAGCUGCUUAAUAAUCACUAAAGUAAUUAACCUCUUCCUUUUCCAAGUUGGUUAAAAAUGCUCUUAAGUAUUGGAUGGAGCCCGUCAGGAAGUCAUUUAAAGUUAUCCACAAAUCCUGAAGCUUCCAUAAUGAAUUACAACCAGGUACUAUCAUUUGUAGCUCCAUUAUUUGGCUAGAUUUCUUAAUUACUUGUUUGUUACCAACAGUAGAAGUUACCAACUCAUCGCUUACAAAUCUUACACAAACUUUAUAAUAUUCCCUGACAGAUCUGUCUACAAAGUUAGCAGCUCUUGAUAGCCAAUUGUAUGUAAUAUGUUGUUACCAAAAACGAAUCGAAAGACUUUAACUAAGACGAAAGAGUUUGUUUUUCUUACGCUGUUAAUUAAUUUCACUUCAUUGAAACUGAUAGAAAUUAGGAAAAAUAAUAAUUAUACAUACUAACAAUUCUUCGGUCAUUAAAUAAAAGUGAUAGCGAACUGUUAUUACAUGAGGGUUGAUUCAUUAUUAUCAUCAGCUUUUUUAGUUUUGGGGAUAUUGAUUGCUGCUGGGGUAUAGGCCUUCUCUUUGGAUAAACAAAGGAUAUUAUCCAAUAUCCUUAUCCUACCCAGUGCGGAUUUAUGAGUGUUGUACUUCUUAUUAUAUAGUUAUCAAAAAUAUUGCACAAAAUAAGCAAGGUUGUGUAUUUUACUCAAAAGUAAAAAGAUAAGUACAUUCAAAGUAUCUGGCAAUAAAAACUGUGGAUGAAAUUAAACUAAUAAUUUCAAAUAGUGUAUAAUAUUCUCUAAAACAUACACAGGAAUCAGUCCUCAGACUGUAAGUAAAGUGAGUAUUUUUUUUAAAUAACAGGCCCACAGCACAAGUUAGCGAGUAUGUAUACAUUAAUUAUACACAAUACUACUUUAUUAUCUAUAUUUUGUCUAUGACAAAAUAAGUAAGGUCUGGGAUCUUGUACUAAAAGCUUUGUGAACUUGGGUAGAUGUUGAUAUAUGGUAUAAUUUAGUUGCUAAUAAUAUCACAAAUCUAUUUUACAUGCUAAUUUUGGCAUUUGGUCUCAAAAGCCAGAGGAUUCAAUGCCAAUAUAAUUAAGGUUUACUCGAAUUCUAAUCCGAAAUUUAAUUAUUUCGUUAUUGAUACAAAUGGAUCGCACUAUGAUCGUGGUAUUACUCGAUGCUCGCGAAAUUUGACAUACUUAUCUCAGUAUACCUACGCACAGAGGUACGCAAUAAAUCAAAUAUUAAUUAUGUUAAUUUCGUGUUUAGUCAUACGUAUGAAGGAACAACGCCUCAUGUUGUUGGUAUUAAUAUAAGCUAUUAACUGAAGUCUUUGAAUUCGAACGCUGUCAGAGGCAAACUGAGUAAAUACAAUUAAUUAGGGAUUGGAUCUGUCGAGUGUUUGGAUCGAUGGUACUUAUCUACCUAUAGCUGCCAUUAUUAUAGAGUUAAUAGGGUGUAACGGUAUCACCGUUUCAAAAUGAUUUAACCUUCAUUAAUUCAAAAUUAAAUGGCUGGUUGAAAAUUAAAAUGUCAAAAUAAAAGGUCUAAAAUAAUUAAUAAAGGGCGUAUUUCGUAUUUCUCAUUAAUUGACCAAAAGUGAAUUUAAUUAUGUAUUUUUUUUAGUUUCUAUUAAAAUCCUUCAAUCAUAUUUAUAAUCAUUACGUAAACGGUGAAAGCGUCAAAUUUUAAUCGUCUUAAUUUAACUUCUACUUGACACCUUAAAGUUAUUAAAAAAAAACUGCAAAUAAUACUUGUACAGGUAAUAACGUACCAAAUUGCCAAUGUAAAACUUUAUUUAUCCAUGAAUUUUCAUUAAAAGAAAAUUUACAAGUAUCUGUUCCAAUCGAGCAACUUGAAGAAAAUGUUGCAAUUGAACAAAAUACUUCUAAACUAAACGAACGCAUUGUUAUGAAAGUGUAUUUAUAUUUUGACGUUUUGGAUCUAUUUCUAAUUCCGUAAGUACUUACAAGCUAUCUGUUUAUCCCCUUUUCAAAAGAGUAAUAAUCGGGAAUAAAAGUAACAUUUAUGAUAAUUGUUACAAGUUUUGUUGGUUAAACUCUAUAAUUAUAUUAUAGUAUCUACAGUUCUAUUUGUUAUUCUUAAGUAGAAGAUUGUUAAAAUAUCGUUAAACGUGUCCGCAGUUACAAUUAAGAGUUGAACAUAUGAAAUAUAAUUUAUAAUCGGUUGGUGAAUAGACUUUAUAUAGUUUAACAUUAACUUAAGUUUAUUAUAGGUAUAUAAUACAUUGUUUUUAUCAAACUUUGUUUUUUUAAAUGGAAACUAGAGCUAUUAAAUGUUGUUUACCUAGAAAUCAUUUUAUUGUAAAUAACAGAUUUAAACUGUACCACGAACAUUGUGUGUUUAUUAAUACAUAGCAUACUCUUAAGUAGGUACAUAUAAUUUUAUAGCUCUAGUUUCAUGAGAAAAAAAAACAAAAUGCAAAGUACUGUCAUUUGCAAGAGUCCAUGUUAAGUUACAAAAAUGUUUAUUAGCUUGCAUUUCUGUCAGUUACAAAUGUGCAUUGAAAUAUCUAUCAUUUAACUAUAGUCUUGUGGUCUAAUUUACUUCUGUAAAUUUAAAAAUGUGUAUAUUAUAAGUUCCAGAUACUUAUUUGCCACAUAAGAGACAAGACAAGAGUCAAAGGGUGCUAAUAUGCUUUUUUUCUGCAAGAAUUUUCCAUAUAAGACCCGUGGAAUCAGAAUGUCUAGUUUAUCUGGCUUAGCUAUCAGGAAUAUCAUCAGAAGUUGCGAAAUGUAGUAAUUUAUGGUUUUUUGCAAAUGAUUGUUUUUGACUUUAAAAUGUUUUCUAAAUGACUGACUAAAAUGCCUACCCAAAUCACUUUAGUAUUUAUAAGUAAAAUAAAAUCUGUGUACAGUAAAUUUUUAUGUGGUACAUCGAUUUAAAUAAAGGAAAAUGCACA